CGCCACGUUCGGCCAGGCGGUUCCGGCUGCGGCGCGUGGGGGCGCACGGGGGGAGGGGCUGGCGCUGCAGCCGGAUCCGGAUGCGGCGGCGCUGUGACCCGCAGGCAGACUGACGCGCCUGGACGGGAGCGUGGCUCGCUCCGGUGCGAUUUUACUGGAAAGAUGAAACCUGAUGAAACUCCUAUGUUUGACCCGAGUUUGCUCAAAGAAGUGGACUGGAGUCAGAAUACAGCUAUAUUUUCUCCAGCCAUUUCUCCAAUGCAUCCUGGAGAAGGCUUGGUUUUGAGGCCUCUCUGUACUGCGGACUUAAAUAAAGGUUUUUUUAAGGUAUUGGGUCAGUUGACAGAGACUGGUGUCGUCAGCCCGGAGCAGUUCAUGAAAUCUUUUGAGCAUAUGAAGAAGUCUGGGGAUUACUAUGUUACAGUUGUGGAAGAUGUGACCCUAGGACAAAUUGUGGCUACAGCAACUCUGAUCAUAGAACAUAAAUUUAUCCAUUCAUGUGCUAAGAGAGGGAGAGUAGAAGAUGUGGUCGUUAGUGACGAGUGCAGAGGGAAGCAGCUUGGCAAACUGUUAUUAUCAACUCUGACUUUGCUAAGCAAGAAACUAAACUGUUACAAGAUCACCCUUGAAUGUCUACCACAAAAUGUUGGUUUCUACAAAAAGUUUGACUACACGGUAUCGGAAGAAAAUUACAUGUGUCGGAGGUUCCUAAAGUAAAAACCACCAUCGAGAGGUUACUUGAUGCUACUGUUUUAGAGUUCAUUUUUGUUGCUGCAACCAGUGAGCUCCCUAACUACUAGACUGAAAAACGCUGUAGUGUGCCAGUGCAGUGCCACGAGAGGAUGCCUGUGGCUGCUGGGAGUGCAAAUGAUCAAGAGGGGGAUGAUUUUUUAACCAAAGGAAUAUAUUUUCAACUUGAA